UGCCGUGGCGUUUGCCAGAACCAGUUACGGUUUGAAUCUGAGGUUGUAGGCUCAUUCAUCCCACAGUGUCCUUCCUCAUGUAUCACUGAAACAGCCUCAGAUAUAUCUUGACACAUCGAGAAGAUUUGAUCUGGUCGAUAAAUAUUUAAAUGUUUUCUUCUAACUUAUUAUCAUAAACUGCAUGUUCCAUUUCCUAACAGACCAAACGGACCAUGAAGGCAGCAUGCUCCUCCAGCCAAUCAGAAGGCAACCAUCAGUGACGCAGUAGAUGUAAACAAACAGAAGCUAAGCAGCCAUUUCGGUUCCGGAGGAGUUUUCCUGCUCUUUGGGCGUUGGAGAAUUUUAGCGUCGAAUAAAUUAGUUCGCUGGGUGUUCAAAGCAGAGACAUGAAGGACCCGACCAUCGGAACCUCAUCCACCCCCACCGGUACCGGAGAGGUCGUCCUUAGCAGCCAGUUCGGUUCCGAGGAGGAUCCGUUUGCGGAGUACAUGUGGAUGGAGAACGAGGAGGAGUUCAACAGACAGGUGGAGGAGGAGCUGUGGGAGGAGGAGUUCAUGGAGCGCUGCUUCCAGCAGAUGCUGGAUGAGGAGGAGCAGUGGGAGUGGUUCAUCCCGUCCAGAGACCUCCCCCCUGGUGGCGUGGCUCAGCUGCAGGACCAGAUCAGCCUGCUGGUUCUGGAUCCGGAUGUUCGCCCCGACGCCUCCGACCUGGAAGUGGUGGUGAGGAGCAGCCUGAAUCCAAACGCCAAGGAGUUCACUCCAGGGAUCCAGAAGCACAACCUGUGACUCCUUAGUCCGCCCCUUUCUCCCCAGCCUGCUCUGUGACAUCAUCAGCAGGAAGCCCGCCUUUCUCCAGCCGCCGCUCGGACCUUCAGCCUCACGUGUUGCCAAAGUUCUGCUGUCGCCUCACAUCUCUUCUCACCAUGUCUGCUGCCUCCCCUGGGGUCACCUGUCUGUCUGUCUGUCUGUCUGUUUGUCUGUCUGUCUGUCUGUCUGAGGAAACUCUCUGAAUGUAAACCUGCUCCUUCCUGUUUCUGUCACCUGUUCUCCCCUGAACCUUUGGAACCUACUCCAGAACAAUCUCCAGGUUCUGUCCUGACUCUCCUCACCUGACCAGGUGUGAUGGAGUCUGGUCCAAUCAGAGUCCCACCCGACCCGGUUCUGUCAGUGCUUCCUCUCGUUUUUUCCCAGAAUCCUUUGCGUCACUCUGCUGCUUUACUUCCUGACGUCUUUAAACUUUUUCUAAUGUUCUGUAAAAAAAAAGUCUGAUAAAGAAAAAGAUGUAAAAAAAAUCUAUUUUUUCUUAAAGUAGUGAUGAAAAUAAAUGUUUAUUGAGGAAAAGA